CAGUCCUUCAUGAUGGCCAUGAAACUAAGAACAACUGUAAUAAUCAUCAUGGCUUUGGUGUGGCUGCAAGCAGCAGUUGUUGACGGGUGCACUCCAAACGAUAAUUUGUGUGGCCAUUUCGAUGCACCGUGUUGCAGUAAUUCGGUCUGCGUGAUAGUUCCUAAUUUUGAUAGGAUAUGCAAGGACAAAGGGACCUCUGCUCUAGAGGGCCUGGAGGUGUUUGGAAUUGUCUACACCCUGCAGGGUAACGUAAAAGGAGAUUAUCAAUCAGCUCGAAUUGACGAGGACUUCAAAGUGUUUCAGGGAUACAAGCUGUAACGACAAAGGUUAAAUGCCGAGUGGAUUGUCCCCAAAAUUCUGAAACUAUAAAUAUUGUUCUACUUAUGAUUGAUCAGUAAACUGAAAGUUACUCAUUCUAUCUUUGCUUUGCUUAUUGUAUCAACCAAUGUCCUUGCAAAGUAAAAUAUGUGUGAGUCAUGUGUGUGGGUGUUUCAAACGUCGCUCUCUGCACGAAAGCAACAGUUGUAACUAUCAAACUUCAUGACCAAUAAAAUACCUAGUC